AGUUGCAAGGCGAUGGAGAUCGUACGAUCCCAGAGGAAACCGGCUGAUGUCGCCGUUGUGCCGGCCCUCUCUCUCUACCGCUCCGCUCCGGCACUCGAGGUUCGGCUGGAAGAUUUCGAGCUCUACGCCAUAGAUCGACUUCGUGUCCUGCAGGGGAUUUCGGAUGGCUUGUCCCGUGGGAAAAAGCCCGACGAGAUGGAGAAAUUGGUUAGUGAACUUUGGAGGGCACAUAUGAGGCUUCAAGAUACAUCGGAGGAGAUGAACAAAGACAUUAUAUCACACUUUGUGCUUCGUCUCGUGUACUGUAGAACGGAGGAUUUGAGGAAAUGGUUUCUUUCCAUGGAGACUUCUCUUUUUCGUUACCGUUUCCGGCUUGAAAGCCCUGAAUCGCAGAGGUUGCUCAUGUCUGAGUUUCAGCUACCCUAUAAAGCAAUAAGUCAUGCAGAAUUUGAGACUGUGAAGGAUAAGUUAAAUCAAGUUGCACGUUCCACUGGUCCAUCCUCAAAUGCUGAAACCCUCUUCUUCAAGGUACCGUUUGAAGAAGUUCCAGAACUUGUUGCUGGUCGUAGGGUAUUCAUGCUUAAAGGUUUUGCUUAUGUUGCCAUGAAUCAGGUUGUGUCACUUGUUGCUACUCAAUUCCGGAGCAAUCUCUCCAAGGCCCUUGUCCUAACCAACAGAAAAUGGACCUCUACCAUCAGAGACAAAGAGAAGAACAGGUUGACUCCUAUUGUCGAAGCUCUCAGCACAGGUUACCUAGGGCCUGACUACUCUCAGCCAAAAGAAUUUUCUGAGAUAUCUUUGAAGGACAUUGACCAGUUAGCUAGCAGUUCUUUUCCUCUUUGUAUGCGCCAUUUGUUUGAUAAGUUAAGAGAAAAUCACCAUUUAAAACAUGGAGGAAGAAUGCAACUUGGCCUUUUCCUUAAGGCUGUAGGCUUAAAAUUGGAAGAUGCUCUUGCAUUCUGGAAAUCAGAGUUUUCUCAGAAGGUUGGUGCUGAGCGAUUUGACAAGGAAUAUUCAUACAGCAUACGCCACAACUAUGGAAAAGAAGGAAAAAGAACAGAUUAUACACCUUACGCCUGUCACAAAAUUAUUUCUUCAACUCCUAGUGUUGGUGAUCACCAUGGUUGUCCUUACCGGCAUUUCAGCGAGGAAAACUUGAGGGCUGCUCUUGGUAAAAUGGGGGUUGGUGGACGUUCAUUAGAUGAUAUAUUGGAUAAAGUACGGAGCCGGCAUUAUCAGGUAGCUUGUACAUUGACCUUUGAGGCUGUCCAUGCUGCCUCAUGUGAUAGUGGGAUAAACCACCCCAAUCAGUACUUCGAAGCAAGCCAAAAGACUUUACAAACCACGAGGCAAGCCACGAGCUGACUUACCCAAAAUUUUUCAGGUUUUAGUUCUGCUUUGAUAUUUCAUAUGUACUUUAAUUAGUUCUGAUGCCAUGUAGUGAUUCAACAUUAAUAAUGCAAGAUAUCAAACCUUCAUGACACAGUGAAAGGUUUAUGAAAGAUUUAUGAAUCUUCCCAUCACAUGGGUGGUGGCUCCCCCUUCCUACCAAUCUGUGAUGAUGAUCAGAACAAUAUGGAGAUUUAUGAAUCCGUGCUACAUUGAGCUUGUCAUUUCCGCUGUCCUGCUAGACUGGCCUUGUGGUUUCAUGAUGAAAUAUAAGUUACUUCUCCAUGUUAAUAUGGCAUGCAGUUCUUGGUUUUGAAAUUUUAUGACAUGUUGGCCAUUUUGUUGUAAUAUGCACUU